UACUUCCGAAUCUCGGGCUAUUCAUGCUUUGAUGUUACAAUUGAUAAUUGUCUAUGAAUAACUUGGAUUAAAAAGGUGUGUUUGGCUUACUUCAGAUUUACUAAUACCCCCUUGUACAGUAUUAGCAAAGUUUAUUUGUUCAUAAAUGUGACUAUCUAUAAAUAGAGGAAACUCAUCCUAAUUUUGUUUAUAGGAUAUUUUAUGACUAAAUUUAAUAAAAUUGACAUAAUGAUUUUAAGUAGAUUAAGAUGCUAAUGAUGAUGUCUUUGAUUAGGUGUAGUGAAACUGGUUAGCUGUAUUUUGUUAAAGUUUUCUACAUUUUCUAUAGCAGAUCUAAAUAAUAAUGUCUCAGAAGGACUGUGAAGGCCUGGGCCCUAUGACCCACAGCUGACACACGCAGGACACUACUUGUAGUUUGUGACCUCACGGUGUCGCAGCAGCCCUCCUGCCCCGCCCCUCUCCUGAUCUCUGCCCUGAUCUCUGUGUACUCAUGUAUUCUGCCUACCCCUUCCUGUUUCCGGCUGCUGCCUCUGGGCGCUCCCUCUCCCAGUGACGGUGCCCCACCAUGUGGUGCUUCCUGCGGGGCAUGGCCUUCGUCCCCUUCUUGCUGGUGAUCUGGUCGUCGGCCGCAGUCAUCAUCUCCUACGUGGUGGCUGUGCUGUCUGGGCACGUGAACCCCUUCCUGCCCUACAUCAGCGAUACGGGAACAGUCCCACCAGAGAGCGGCAUUUUUGGAUUCAUGAUAAACUUCUCUGCAUUUCUUGGCACGGCCACGAUAUACAUGAGAUAUAAAAUCUUGGAGAAGCAGAAUGAAACCAGCUACUUAAGCACGCCUGUCCUCAACCUGGUGUCGUUAGUUCUUGGCCUGGUGGGCUGCAUUGGCAUGGGCAUCGUGGCUAACUUCCAGGAGCUGACCAUGCCCGUGGUCCAUGACGGCGGCGCCCUGCUUGCCUUUGUGUGCGGUGUGAUGUACAUCCUCUUGCAGUCCGUCAUCUCCUACAAGUCCUGUCCCCAGUGGAACAGCCUGGCCACAUGCCACACCCGGAUGGCCAUCUCUGUGGUGUCCUGUGCAGCUGUCCUCCCCAUGAUCGCCUGUGCCUCCCUGAUCUCUAUCACCAAGCUGAAGUGGAAUCCGAAAGAAAAGGAUUAUGUGUAUCACCUCGUCAGCGCCAUCUGCGAGUGGACCGCGGCCUUUGGUUUCAUUUUCUACUUCCUGACUUUUAUCCAAGAUUUUCAGAGCGUGACCCUAAGGAUAUCCAUAGAAACCAACGGGGACAUCUGAAGACGCCAGAGCAGGAUCUCACUCCGCACGGGUGCAGGCAGUCCCUAGCCGUGGCACAGGAUAGACAGGUGUUGGCGCCCUGCUGAUCCAAGGUGUCUGGGGAUCAUGACAUUGUGGCCAUGUUUUUAUACUUAACUAUGCAGACGGUUUUUUUAUACUAACAAGUUGAUAUCCAAAAAAGAUAAGGUGAUACAGCAAAUGGAGAGCUUCUAUUUUUGUACAGAUUCUGGGGGUUUGGGGGAGUUUUUUUGUUUUGUUUUUUGUCUGUCUGAGUGAUCUGUGGAAAUACACUAAAGGAGAAUUUAAGUUUAGUAGAUUUUUUAAAAAGUAAAAUCAGGGGAUAGUCAUUCUAAAAUUCCAUUUUCAGAGUAUCAGUUUUUCCUCUGUAACCUAUUUGUUGAGGCACGGCCUCACUGGUCUUGGUUUUACACUGGUUUUACACUGGUCUUGACCUCACUUAGAAGUUCUGACUGGCCUGGACCUGGUGGUGAUCUUCCUGCCUUGGUCUUCCAAGUCCUGAAAUGACAGGCAUAUGUCACUAUGCCUAGCCAUGUACUUUUUUUUUUUAAUCCCACGAGUAUUUAUAAAAUUACAUUUAUAAUAAUCAUAGAUCUAAAUCUUACUAAUCAAACUUUACAAGGCUGUCAUGCAAUGCACAUUAACUAAGCAAAUCAGGGUAGUGCUGGGGCUUUGAAGUUCGGCCUCCUUCCCCUGUGACUCCUGACAGCCAUAGAGAAUGUGGGUCUGGGUGGGAGGAUUCAGCAAGGCCGAUUAGGAGUCAUAUGGUAUCCUUUUUGUGACUGCAUAAUUUGGCAUAGAGUCUGAGCCCACAGCUGCAGCCAGUAUCCAGAAUUUACCCAUGGUGGCCAGCAUAGGGACAUACUUCGCAGAGACAGGGAGGAAGGAGGUGGCAGUGGGCACUUCUGAGUCUGAGUGCUAUUUGUGGGCUCCUCCUCUUUUUUGAGACAGGGUCACACUUUAGUUAAGGCUGGCCUUGAACUCACUGUGUACUCCAGACUGGCUUCAGAUUUGCAGUGGUCUUCCUGCCUCAGCCUCUUGAAUGCCAGGAUUACAGGUGUAUGGCACCAUGCCUGGUUGGACUCCUCCUCUGAAUGCCCAUGACCUGAUGUCCUCAACAUCCUGGGAAGUAGGAGUCGAGCUGUCUGUGGUCACCACAUCUCCUAGAUGCCAUCUCUGCCCAAAUUAUUGAAGAAGAUGGAAAGCAAGUCAUCUUGCAGGAAGAAGCAGCCUGGCUGGUGACAGGAGCACUCCAAGGCCCCCUCUGUCUGUCGACUAGUGCACGAGCUGCUCCCUGAACUCUUAGGGGAGUGAGUCAAGGAUGGGGCUGGGCUGCUGCCAGUUACAGCCACCUCACCUAGGGUACCCAUGUACCCCACAAGCUUACAGGAAUGGCCUAUUGCUGGGUCUGCUCUGACAGUGCUCAGACUGUGGAUCAUCCUUGCAUCACUGAGCCAUAUUAUGAAGCAGAAGAGGAGCUCCUGAGCUGCUGUAGGACCCCAUGGCAGAAGUCCAUGAUGAUGUGUGUCCAUCAGCACUACUUCACAUCUCUGCGUGGUGACAUAGAGCCAUGGGCAGGGUGUAUUCUUUCAUCUUCACCUGUCACUCAGGAUUUAGGACAGUGCCUUCUGGUAUACCAGUGCUUAAUGAACAGUCAUUAAAUAAUGCGUGUGAGUGAGCAGAGGAAAGAUAACUAAGCAUGUUUUGGUGUUUUGAGGCAGGAUCUCACUGUGUAGUUCAGGUUGUGCUUGAACUCACUAUGUAGCCUAGGCUUGCCCAGGGGAUCCUCCUCCCUUAGCCUCCCAGGCAUUGGGAUGAUAGGUGAGCACCACUACAUCCAGCAACUAGGGGUGUUUGAGGUGCUGUGUCAUGGGAUCAUUCGCCCUCAUGUAUUAUUUUGAUGUAAACAAAUGGUCUGUGUAAUGUCACUGUUUGCAUAUUACGUUGGUGAUUCUAUGCCAACCCUCUCUGGAUAGUGACUACCGAAAUUGUUCCAUGAUCUGUUCAAAACCAGUUCUUACUAGUUUUUUCAGUCACUUCCCCACUUACAGUGUGAGUCCAAGCAAAGAGAAUCACACAGUCCUGACUCUUACUGGCUUAAAAUUUAAAAGGCUAAAGAAAUUUUAAAAUAUUACCUUUUUAGGCUAUGGACAUGUAGCUCAUUGUUAAAGUGCUUACCUAGCAUGCACAAGGCCCUGGGUUAAAUCCCACGUAGGGAAAAAGAAUUAAAAUUGGGAUAGAGAAGUUUCAUUUAAACGUUUAGAAUACAAUAGAUAACGUGGACUGCAUCUGUGUCUGUUGGUGGGAUUUUGCUCGGCAGUUGUUGAUACGCUAUUUGAAAAACUCUAGGUUGCUGUAAGAAUUCAGAGUUGGGGAAAAAAAAAGAAAGCAAUCCAUAAUGUUGCUGUUAAGUAGGAUUACAUAAAAAGAUCUGGUUACAUAAAAAGAUUGGUGUGAAUCAGUUGUUCAGUAAUGUCUGCAUCAGAAAAACCUGGGAAACUUCUUAAAAAUAUGUAUAACUCUUACCUAGCUAUAAACCCACCAAGUUAAGAAUCUUGCUAAGUGGGAACUUGGACUCUAUAUUUUCAAAAUGUAAAUUUUGAUUCACAGCAAGCCAAAUGCAUAUUCUAUUUCUUUCUGAAGGUACAAUUUCUAUUUUGUUAUUGUGCAUGUUCUUUGGUUACAUACUUCAAUAUAAAACAAGUAUACUUUACAAAGUCUCACAUUACCUUAUUGAUUCUGUACACUUCCUUCUGCCAUUGUUCUGUUGAUAACCACUUUUUCCUGUACUGUUUCAGUGUAUCUGCAUGAAUGUGAGUAUGUGUGGAUAUCAGUGUGCGUCCUUGGUUUACUCCUCCCCAUCCUCCCCCCUCACUGGUAACAUACGGUGUAUGUAUGGACUUGCAAAUGCAUUCUGGAGGUCUUCCUGCUGCUCAGUGUGUAGAGAGCAUCUUUAUUCUUUGAUUUAGCUGUAUAACAUUUGAAUGUGGGAGUGUAUCAUACUUUAAUACUGCCUCAUUAAUGGGCCCCUAGAUUUUCUUUUGCUCUCUUUUUGAUAAUUCAGUUUAUUAUGUUUUUUAAUAAAACAUGUUUUGGUGGUAGGUGGGUAGGUGGUGGAUAACGAGACAUUUAGCUUUUAAGUAAAAGAAAAAAAGACAAUAGAAUGUUCUUGGUGGAAAUAGCUUCCGUAGAUGUCCAGGAACGAGUACACAUUUAAUCUUGUCUUCCUUAUAUUUAAAUACAGUAGGGUACCACUUAUCUAUAGUUUUACUUUCGGAGGUUUCAGUUACUCAGAGUCAACCACAGUCUAAACAUAUUACAUGGAAAAUUCUAGGAAUAAGCAACUCAGGUUUUAAACUGCAUUCUAUUUUGAGAGUGUGAUAAAAUCUUUAGUCUGUUGACUUGGAAGUGAAUCCUUGCACUGACCAGCACCUCUGCGCCAGUGUACCUGCUUCCUGCUACUCACUUAGCACAGUCUCCAGGACUGGCAUCAGGUGUCUGGGAAGUAGCUGUUGACCUGUAACUGUGCUUGUGUUAAAGUCACCCUUACUGUAUUUCAUAAUGUCCCCGAAGCACAACAGUAGCACUGCUUGCAAUUUGGAUAUACAGAGUCCUCAUUUACAUUACUGAGUGGGUGGCAGGUAGGUUUAAAGUAAAGCAAAACAUAAAGGGAGAAAAAAUGUUAUAGGGUAAGGAACAGCUGUGUAUAACUUGUUGGAGUUACAUGGUUGUAAGAUCAAAACCAAAGCCCAAAUUAUUUUUAAGGGCUAUGUUCUUAAUAAAUAUUGAUUAAAAAUUAUUACAAUGGUAUUGUAAUUAUUAAGUGAAUUCAGUCAUAUGAGUUAAAAUAAGCUUUUGAUUAACUUUUGUCUUUUUUUGAUACUGGGAGUCGAACUGAGGACCUUGUGCUUGUUAGGCAGGUGCUAUGCUGCUGAGCUAUAUACCCAGCCCCCUGGUUAAUACCUAAAAAAUUAAGAUUUUUUUUAGGUAUCAUUUUUUUUUUUUUGGUCUUUUUCAUUUUUAUCGGUACCAGGGAUUGAACUCACGACUGCCUGCUUGCAAGGCAGGUGCUUAUGCCGCUGAGCUAAAUCCCCAGCCCUUUAGGUAUCAUUUUAAAUAGAUAUAUUUUCAUUUUCUUUUUAAUUUUCAACAGAAAAGAAAUAGCUAUAAAACAGUUUCAAAACAGGCUACUAAGAGAGUAAGAAUAAUCAACAUAUUUUGUAUUGCUAUCUUCACAAUGGUUGCUCAGAGUACAAGAUACAGACAUGAAAUAUUGUCCAGAAAAUUACUAGCACAAAACCUUCUCAGUGAACCAAAAGAAACCAGCUAUAUAAUUAUCUUAACCAUGUUGCAUUUAUAUAUUUUUUUCCUUUUCCCUUCCUGCCUUUCAUCUUUCUCCCAUGACAGUUUUUAUUUUCUUUUGAAGAGUUUCUUCCCUAUUGAGAAUAUCUAUUGUACAUUUGGAUCUUGUUUACAACUUCAGAUUUUCUUUUUUUUUUUUUUUCAACUUCAGAUUUUCACACUGGUGAGACAAUAUGACAUUUACACAUGUGAGUCUGGGUUAUUUCACUUAUGAGUAUGGUCUCAAAUUGCAUCCAUUUACUUAAAAAAGUCCUAAGUUUAUCUUUUUCAUGGCUGAAUAGUAUUUAUGUAUGUUGGACCAUCCCUGCAUCCUGAUGAGAAUCCAACUUGGUCACUGUGUAUAAACUUCUUGAUGAUUUGCUGCAUUCUGUUUCCCAGUGUCUUAUUGAGGACUUUUGCGUCUAUGUUCAUUAGGGAGAUUGGCCUUUAGUUUCUUCUUUGGUUUGGUUCUUCUCUGGUUUUGGAAUUCGGGUAAUGCUUGCUUCUAGGAAUGAUUUUGGAAGUAUUGCUUCCCUUUCAGUUUCCCUAAAGAGUUUCAGCAUUAGUGACAUUAGUUCUUCUCUAAAUUUCUUGUAGAAUUCAGCUAUGAAUCCCAUCAGAGCCUGGGCUUUACUUUGUUGGUAAAUUUCAAUUUCACUUGCUGAUACUGGGUUAUUUAGAAUUUUCAUAUCUUCUUGAUUAAGUUUUGGCAGUUGGAUUGUUUCUAGGAAUCUGUUCCUUUCUUCUGUGUUUUCUAUCUUGUUAGUAUAUAGGUUCUCAUAGUAUGUAUUGAUCUUCUGAAUUUCUGUAGGAUCUGUUGUGAUUUCCCCCUUUUCAUGCCUAAUUGCUUGAAUUUGUGUUUUUUCUUUCCUCAUUUUGAUGAGGGUGACUAAUGCUUUAUCAAUUUUUCAUUCAAAGAACCAACUUUUCAAUUCUUUGAUUCUUUGUAUUUUUUGUCUCAAUUGCAUUUUUGUUCUUUAUAAUUUUCUCCUUUAUAUAAGCUUUGAAUUUGAUUUGUUCUUUUUGAGGUUCAACAUUACAUUGUUUAUUUGAGUUCAUUCUGUUUUCCUGAUGAGAGGAUUUAUUACUAUAAAUUUCCUCCUUAGGACUGCUUUCAUUGUGUCCCCUAAGUUUCGGCAUGUAGUAUUGACAUUGUCAUUUAAUUGUAUAUACUGUAUAAUUUUGCAUUUCAUUUUCUUUGUGAUCCUUUAGUUGUUCAGAAGUGUGUUGAUUUCCAUGUAUUCAUGCAGUUUUUGUGGUUUCUUUUAUUGAUUUCCAGUUUCAUUGUGUUAUUAUCAGGUAGUAUGCAAGUAGUUAUUUCAAUUCUUGUACAUUUACUUAAAUAUGUUUUGUGUUGUAGUAUUUGGUCUAUUUAGAGAAUGUCCCACAUGCAGAUGAGAAGAAUAUGUAUUCUGAUGCCUUUGGGUGGGACACUCUUUAAACAUCUGCCAAGUCCAUUUGUUCACAGGUUUGGUUUAAUUCUGAUAUUUCUUUGUUUUUUUGUUUGUUUGUUUUGGUCUGGUUGAUCUAUCUAUUUAUGAGAAUGGAAUAUUAAGGUCCCUCACUACAAUAAUGUUAGGGCUUUUUUGGUUAUCCAUAUCUGUUAAUGUUUGUGUUAUGUAGUUGGGUACACCAGUGUUUGGUGCAUAUCUAUUUAUGACUGUUUUCUGUGAGUUUUCCCUUAAUGAGUGUGUAGUGACCUUCCUUGUCACUUUGAUCUGUUUUGGCUUAAAUUUUACACUUCUGAGGAUAGAAUAGCUACCUGCUUUUAUCUGGGUUCCUGUUGCAUGGAAGAUUGUGUUCCUUCCUUUGACUAUUAGUCUGUGAAUUUGUUUUGGGGUUAAAUGUGUUUCUUAAGUGCAGUGUAUUGAUGGAUCUUGUUUCUUGAUCCAUUCUGCCAGUCUGUUUCUUUUGUUUGCUGAGUUGAUGGUUAUAAUGUAUAUUAGCUUAUCUUUUUCAUGUUAUUUUCCUGCUGUUGGUUCCCUGUUUUUCUCCUCUUUUUAAUUGCUUGCCCUUCUUGGUGGUUUCUAUUGGUGUUCAUGAGUGUGUGGUCUUCAUUAUCUCUUUCUAAUAUAUACUUUAGAGUAUUCUGUAAUGCUGGUUUGGUGGUCUUGAAUUCCUUCAAUUCUUUGUCAUGGAAUUACCUUAUUUCUCUGUUGAAUCUGAAAGAUAGUUUUACAGGUUGCAUCAUUCUGGAUUGAAGAUUGAUUGCUUUUAGGGCUUGAAAUACCUCAGUCCAGGCUCUCCUUGAUUUGAGGGUUUGUGUUGAGAAAUGUGCUGUAAUUCUGAGGGGCUUUUCUUUACAGGUGAUCUGUUUCUUUUCUCUACCUGUUUUUAAUAUUUUGUUAUUGCAUUGAAUUUCUGGAAUCUUGAUUAUUAUAUGCCUUGGUAUAGUUUUCUUCUGGUCAUGGCUAUUUGGGCUUCUGUAUGCUUCAUUUAUUUGUAGGUCAAAUUCUUUGUUCAUAUUUGGGAAGUUUUCUUCCAUUAUCUCUGUGAAGAGGUUUUUAAUGGCAUUAAUGCUGUCUCCAGCUUUCUCACUGACUCCAGUCAAUCUUUUUUGUUUUACUUCUUUGCUUUAUCUUGUAACUGUUGGUUUGAUUUUUCAUGAUCCUUUGCUGUUUUUAAGAUAUUUGUCUUUUCCUGGUUACUAGUCACAUUCCUGUCUUCUAGGUCUGAUACUUUAUCCUUGCCUUCAUGCAAUCUGUUUAUUUUCUCUCUCAGUGAGUUUUUUGUGUACAGGAAUGCUAUUGAUUUUUGAGCAUCGACUUCGUAUCCAGCUACACUGCUGAAUUUAUUACUCUAGUAGUCUUUUAAUGGAGUAUUUUGGGUCUUCUGUUGCAUAUACUUUCAGUGGAACUUUUAAUCUCCUGGAUUUCUGUUUGGGUCUGUCUCAUUGACUCCAUUUCUUGUUUAUGUUGGGCAUUCAUGGUUUUCUUUGUUUUCCUAAUCUUCUCUAUUUUUUUUAUCUGUGUCUGCUUUAAUUUCUUUCAUUUUGAUUGUCAUUGCUUUAGGUAUUAUUUUACUAUAGCCUCUUCCAUUUGUCUUUUCACUUCUGCUGUUUUCAUUUGAGAGAGUUCUAGUGGUUGGCUUCUGAUUUCCUCUGUCCCUUUUGAGCUCUGAACCUGUCCUGAGGAGGUUGGGCAUUUGGGGUUGUAUUUUGUUUCUUCUUGUUGUCAUUUUCUAUUUUUUUUUUUUUUUAUCGGUACCAGGGAUCGAACUCAUGACUGCCUGCUUGCAAGGCAGGUGCUUAUGCUGCUGAGCUAAAUCGCUAGCCCCUAUCAUUUUCUAUUUUUUAAAUUCUAUUUUGUUUUCUAUCUUGAUGCCCGUAGAGUUAGAUAGCUUUAUCCCUGGUAUCAAGGCUUUCCUAAGCAUUGUCUCUUCCUCAAGGAUGUCUUAUACAUAUAGGUGUUCUUGUUCUUUUGUCUAUUACUAGAUCCUACCUUCCCACUAUAUUAAGAAUGUAGAGCUGCUAUCUUUUUGGCUGAGAAUGUAUUCCUUUGGCACUGGACUUUGGUGAUGGAUAUGGCUUCUUGCAAUCUCAGUGCUGGCAUACAGGGGAGAAAAAACUGAUCAUAAUAGGUAUGGCAUCCUGGUUAAAGUAGUACAGUUAGCAGUAACAAUAAGCUCAACCAGAGUCUGGCUACUGAAACUGUGAUAACUAUCAGCCUGACAACUUUACUCAUAGGAACAAGUUCUAUAGUUAUGUAAUAUAAUCCAACUUACACCAGGAAUUUGUAUGCAAUGUUUGUCCACUUAGUUGAGUGAUUUUUACCCUGUUGAGAGUGUUGGGAGAGUGGUUAAGAAGGAUAGGGAGUAGGGUGGACAGGUGGAUGGGGUUAAAUACAGUAGGAAAAAAUUUGGUGGACAAAGGAUGAUCAUCCAAGUUUUGGGUAAUUGUAGGAUAUGAGAAGCAGGGAUUAGAAGAGAAAACACAGGAGUAUUGAAGUGAACCAGAAAAGGAAGAGACAGUGUUUACCCACAUGAAAGGCUCAUUAAAUCAAGUGAGAUAGUUGAUGAAACAGAGUCAGGACAAGUGGAAUAAUACAAAGGGAAAGUUUAGAGACCUAAAUCAUGAACAAGAACAAGAAGAUAGAAAAAAGAAGGAAAAGAAAAGGGGAAAAACACCAGGAAACAAAUAAUCACACACAGAGGGGAAAAAACAUUGAAAAAAUGGCAAGACAGAGAAAAAGAGAACACAAACAAAAAAAACAACAUCAACCAAACUACAAUAAAAAUAAACAGUAAAACAAACACACUUGCCCAGCAGACUACCAAGAGGAAAACCCAUUAGAGAAAAAUAAAAAUAGUGAGAUUUCUUUAAUGUCUACAGUUCCACAGCAGGUUCAAGUGUGAUGCUAGAAUGUGCGCACUAGCCAAGAUUGCAGGUGAAUUUGUGCAGGGAUUUGGUCUGAUCUUUGUCUCUGGAUUUGGAGAAAGAAAUUAGUUUUCUGUGACUGGAGUUCUCCCCAGCUGUUUAAAAUACAAAGAAAAGGGCCUGGGGAUUUAGCUCAGUCUCGCGUAUAAGGGUCGAUCCCUGGUACCAAAAAAAAAAAAAAAGAAACGAAAAGAAAAGAACUACCAGCCCGCUUCUAUUCCACGGGUCUUUGUUGGUUCACCCAGCUUACAUCUGCUGGUUCAUAUUGUUACUGUUGCUUAGGACUUUUCUGUGCUUCCAGUCCCAUCUGUCCGUCAGGUGCACUCUAGCCUGGGUCCUUUUGUAUCACUGACUUUUUGAGUGCUGGUCUCUGGUCCCUGAGUCCCAUCAUGGUGGGAACAGGAGCCAGUGUCCAACCCCUUCCUGCCUGUUGCCA